UGGAGACUUUGCCAUUUUCGAAGAGUUGGGUUGAAUAUGCCGCUAUGUAGUGUGUGGCAAUUUUUAACAUCUUUUUGGGUACUCAUUUCUGUGUAACUAAAAAUGAAUAUGAUUUACUCUUUCAGCUUAUUUAAAAAUCACCUUCUUCUUUUGUUCCGUCCUGUCAAUGUCCUCCACUUAUCACCUAUUACGUUUUAGCUUUGUCACUACUGAAAGCUCUUUUUCAACUAAGACAUAACCUCACUUUUCGAGUUGAGUCGUUGAGUAGAAUAAUUGUUUUUAACAUUUAAAAAUAAAUGUGGUUUUAAAAUACAAUUAAUAAUGAGUGAUUUAGAAAGUAAUAACAGCGAUAACGAUGAAAUUGGGAGUGAAGAAAGGGAGAAAAUUAAAGAGCGUUUGAGUAACUUGAGUUUUGAAGAAUUGCAAAAAAUGAAGCAGAAAAUAGGGGCAAAACUGUACAAUGAAACAGUCUUCCAAACUAAAUCACAAGGAAAUAAAACAACAUUCAAACGGGCUAAUAAAAAUAGGCCCAGAGAAAUGAGUUCAAAAAGGCCAACCAGAUUGGAAAACAACGUAAUUCCCGUGAAACACGUUUUAAACAGAGAUCCAAGAUUUGAACCCAUGUGUGGCACUUUCGAUAAGAAAACAUUCAAAAAAGACUAUAAGUUUGUAAAUGACUUGAGAAAACAAGAAAAAAUUCAGUUACAAAAGCAGCUGAAGGAAACAGCUGAUCCUGCAGAAAAAAACAAGUUAAAAUUUGUGAUACAAAGAUUAGAAAAUCAAAUUCGUGAAGAUGAAAAGAAAGAGCGCGUAGAACAAGAAGAAAGUAAGGAGAAGUCUGAACUUAAGAUAAAGUUGAAGGCGGGAGAAAAAGUUCAUUUUAAAAAGAGAUCUGUGAAACGACUGGAAGGAUUAAUUAGCAAAUUUGAACAGUUGAAAAAGACUAACAAGUUACAAAAGCACCUGGAGAGAAGAUCUAAGAAAGUUUCUACUAAAGAACGUAAAAAGUUAAAUAAUAUUCCAUAAUUGAUAAAAAAUGCUACUUUUUUUGAAAAUAAAGACAAUUAUGUUCUCAUGAUAAAAAA